CACCCUGCCGUGCCCAGCUCUGCCCGCGUCCGUGCCCCCCCGGGGAGCGCGCCGGGGCUGUCCCCCGAAUGACGGGCGGAAGAUUCGACUUCGACGAUGGCGGCACCUACUGCGGCGGCUGGGAGGAGGGCAAGGCGCACGGGCAUGGCAUCUGCACGGGGCCCAAGGGCCAGGGCGAGUACUCAGGCUCCUGGUCGCACGGUUUCGAGGUGGUCGGCGGCUACACCUGGCCCAGCGGAAACACCUACCAGGGCUACUGGGCGCAGGGCAAGCGGCAUGGGCUGGGGGUGGAAACGAAGGGCAAGUGGAUGUACCGGGGGGAGUGGUCACAUGGUUUCAAGGGUCGCUACGGGGUCCGGCAGAGCCUGGCCACCCCCGCUCGCUACGAGGGUACCUGGAGUAACGGGCUGCAAGACGGGUACGGCGUGGAGACCUACGGGGACGGAGGUACGUACCAGGGCCAGUGGGCCGGCGGCAUGCGUCAAGGCUACGGCGUGCGCCAGAGCGUGCCCUAUGGCAUGGCCACGGUGAUCCGCUCACCACUGCGCACCUCGCUGGCCUCGCUGGGCAGCGAGCAGAGCAAUGGCAGCGUGCUCCACGACGCCGCGGUCGCCGCAGACAGCCCAGCCGGCACCCGCGGUGGCUUCGUGCUCAACUUCCACGCAGAUGCUGAGCUCUCGGCCGGGAAGAAGAAAGGCGGUCUCUUCCGAAGAGGCUCCCUUCUCGGAAGCAUAAAACUCCGCAAGUCAGAAUCCAAGUCUUCCAUCUCAAGCAAGCGCAGCUCGGUUCGCAGCGACGCGGCCAUGAGCAGAAUCAGUUCCAGCGAUGCCAACUCCACGAUUAGUUUCGGCGAUGUCGAUUGUGAUUUUUGUCCCAUGGAAGACCACGUUGACGCCACCACCACGGAAACCUACAUGGGCGAGUGGAAGAAUGACAAGCGCAAUGGUUUCGGCAUAAGCGAGCGCUCUAAUGGCAUGAAGUAUGAAGGAGAAUGGGCAAAUAACAAGAGGCAUGGAUAUGGCUGUACCGUUUUUCCCGAUGGCUCCAAAGAAGAGGGAAAAUACAAAAAUAAUAUUCUGGUCCGUGGAAUAAGGAAGCAGCUCAUACCAAUAAGAAAUACAAAAACUAGGGAGAAGGUGGACAGAGCUAUUGAAGGUGCACAAAGGGCAGCCGCCAUGGCAAGAACCAAAGUGGAAAUUGCAAAUUCAAGGACUGCACAUGCAAGGGCUAAAGCUGAUGCCGCUGACCAGGCUGCGCUGGCCGCCCGCCAGGAGUGCGAUAUUGCGAGAGCUGUGGCCAGGGAGCUGUCUCCUGAUUUCUACCAGCCAGGCCCUGAUUACAUCAAACACAAAUUUCAAGAAGGUAUAGAUGCUAAAGAAAAUACAGAAGAAAAAGUACCAGAAAAGCCACCUUCACCAAAGGAAUCUCCUCAUUUUUAUCGCAAAGGCACGACACCCCCAAGAUCUCCUGAGCCAAGUCCCAAGCAAAGCCACUCUCCCCAGCCUCCCUCUCCAAAGCCCAUGAAGAAGCAAAACCCCAGCUCAGGGGCAAGACUCAGUCAAGACAAAAUGAGUGUGGCUGACGAGCAGGUAAUGGCCAUUGUCAACAAGCCCUUGAUGUCAAAGGCACCUACAAAAGAGAUGGGAGCAGUCGUGCCCCAGUCCAAGUACUCUGGCCGCCACUAUGUCCCCAACCCCAGCAACGGGGAGCUACAUGCUCAGUAUCACGGCUACUAUGUGAAACUGAACGCACCCCAGCACCCUCCAGAAGACAGAGAGGAAGGUGAGGAGUCAAGCCAGUUCUCCUCAGCACUGGUGCACAAGCCACUACCUAACAAGUGGAGUCCUCCUAAAUCUGUGACAAAACCAGUUGCCAAAGAAAGCAAAGCUGAGCCAAAAGCUAAGAAGUCUGAACUUGCGAUACCAAAGAAUCCAGCAAGCAACAAUUCGUGCUCUUCUUUGGAAAAAGAAGCCAAUUCAGGCCCUAAUUCAGUCAUGAUUGUCCUGGUCAUGCUAUUGAAUAUCGGGUUAGCCAUUCUUUUUGUUCACUUUCUAACUUGAUUGGAAUUAGGAAAGUGAAGUCAUGACAACUAGUGGUGUUAGCCCACAGUUCUCUACAGUGGUGUCAUCCGCCUUUUAAGUGGCACACCUCAGUCAGACUCAGACACAGGGAAGGAGGCUUGGAAUUAGGAUGGGAUCGCGAGAGAUGGAACUUGGAAAAUUCAGCCAGAGGACCUGUUCAGUUCCCCCAGGAGUGCUUUUUGGCUUUGGGGUCCUCUGAGGGCUGAAGCAAGCAGCCCUGUUGGAGAGCAAAACUUAAUAAUAAUUCUUCUUUAAAAUCUGCUGAAGCAGCCCCAUCUGGUGAAGUUCUUGGCAUUGGCUACUCCAUCUGUACUAGCUGAGUGUGACUAAACUGGAAAUGUAUGGAGCUGCUUUUCUUUUUUUCCUUUUUUUUUUUUUUUUUUGACGGAAGUCAACAGCUGCAUUUCUAUUUUACCAUCUGACGUUUUUAGUAGGGAGCUGGGAAAGGACUGCCCAAGGAAUGCGAUCACAGGAUUGGUUGCUGUGGAAGUGGUUCCAACGUUCACUCCUAUCUCAGUAGAAGAAAUAGGUAGCAGCAUCACUCACCAGUCUUAUGCCAUGACCUGCUGCUUUAACAUCUCCUGGAAUGUUCUGGGAGAGAGCGUUUCGUUUGCUUGUGCACGACUGUGUUCAUUUUUGCUGUUUAUUUAAGUAUGAGGCAGAGUCACAUACAACAUGUGGUCCUGGCCAGACAAAGCACACUUGUUGCAUCUCAAGGAAAAGAAGCAACAAAACACUGAUUCAAAGUGUGUUUAUUUUCAUGCAGAUACAUCAAUUUUCAUGUCAUAUAUUCUUAAAUCUGUAAAAGGUUAUUUAUCUCUGAAAUUUAGCAAUUUGAAGGCAUUGUAUCUUUCUAAAGAAUAAUUUAAUUUUAAAUAUUUUUAACAUGACCGAGGAGAAUUAGUUAUGCACUUAGGAGGUGCUAAAUUUUAAAAGCAGAAAGACAACAGAAUUCUAAGAAAUAGAGUCAAACUUGUGCAUGGAUUGCAGUAAUCGGUGUUUAAAGGAUUCGGUUUCAUUGCUGACGUACUUUACAACCAAAUAAAAUCUUGUCAGUGGCUCUGUUAAUUCCCAUGAAAGUUAAGCAAGAUGCUAUUAAUAACUGCUCUUCUCUUUCGUUCUUUAUCCCCCCCCAGUUGCAAUUUUCGUUGAAUACAUGCAGGUAGAGCAUAAAGCCUUGUUAAUUGCUUCUCGAUUAUAUGCCUUUCAUGUUUUUCAAAGUCCAUUUGUAAUUUUAUUUCACAUUUUAAAGGCUUAGACAUUUUUACUUUAAAUAUUUGUCUUUUGAAGUUCUUUGUUAUUCUGACAUAAUCUGAUUUUUGCUGUUUUAUAAUUUAUUCUUUAUUACUCAAGCAUGCUUACUUAGAGAAACUCCAUGGUCAUUAUAAAAAUAAUUAUUUAAAAAGAAAUCAUGGAGGCAAGGUGUCUUACUAAGUCUCUUUAAAACACUGUAUUGCGGAGGGGAGCUAUUCCUGACUACUUUUGAGAUUUGCAUGGCUCAAUCAAAUAUCCUUUUUAACUUUUUAGCUACUUUUUCAAUGCAGAAGAGACAGUUCCUAGGUUAGCACAGGCAUGGACUGAAGCUUUGUCACCUGCAGGGUAGUAACAUGGUGGUGUCUUUUGCAGAAGUACAAUAUGUUGAUAAUCCUGGGUGUGACCAAUAUGAAAUACAGAAGAAAGCAGACAAAGAGAGAGAGAGCAGAUGAAAUUUACAACUUGUAUAUUUAUUUAUUUUUUACAUUUUGCUUUGACUUUUAAAUUUAGAAAGUAUGUUUUUACCCAAGAACAAACAUUUAAGUCCCUGUCAGUCUCAAUACUCUGCUUCUUCCUGACCCCAUAGCUUCUUAUGCUGGGAAAGCUAAUUUUUUUAAAAAAAUAAAAUAAUAAAAUGUUUAAUCUUAUUAAGUGUUUAUUUAAAAUAUGUAUCAAAUUGGAAAUAAUGGGUAACACAUAACUAAAGGAUAUGUUUAUAAGGUGAGCAUGUUGGUUCCAUUUAUAAAUAUAUGUAUGAUUUUUAAGCUUUUUUAAAACAAAGCUCAAAUUGUUGGUAUUUUUCUAAAAUGUGCACAGCUGUAUUUUACAUGAAAGCCUCUUUCUAAUGGGUUGUUAUACUGUACACUACAUUUUGGACAGCACAUGAAGUCUGUCAAUGUACUUAAUAAAACAUGACUUUGUUUAUUUAAAGUUUCUUGCUGUGAAAAAGAACUCCCUACCUGUGAGUUCCUUUAUUUAUAAUCCUUGAAACCAAAAUGUAUAAUGUACAGUUUUCACAAAUGUAUAUGCUCUAAUAAAAACAGUUGGUUAUUAA